AUGUAUAUACUAAUAAACACAAUACAAGAAUUAAACUACUCGAUAUGGUCGACUUCGGUUUUAUCGUUCCACUCGGGGUUGGUAACGGCCAUUCUUUGGUGGUGGUACAAUGGUGGCAUUGGAGGAAUGUUACGGCGCAAGAUAACUCUUUGGAACCCGUUUAAGAGCUCUUUGGUACGGUAUACUGCAUGCUCGUACAUUGGCACGGCAAACACAUCGUCCAACUCUUCUAAUGUCAAUCCUUUAGUUUCGGGCAAGAACCAUAACACCAAGAAGAACCCAAUGACGUUCCAUGCUGCGUACCAGCCAAAAGCCCCGGUUGGAGUAAAUGCAUUUUGCAAUCGUGGCCAUGUGAACGCCAAUAUAAAGUUAAAGAACCAACAAGUUGCUGUUGCCCAACUCAUACCCAAAUCACGAAUGUAUAAUGGGAAUGCUUCAGCAGAGUAUGUGAAUGGGACUGGCCCUUCUGAACUUGAGUAUAUUGCUGAAAAGAUGUAG